UGCCGAAGAUUUCUUUCGAGCAACAAUUUCUGCAGAUUUUUAUUGGACAGCGAAAAGUCUUCGUGAUCAGAGCUUCAAUUGCGACUUAACAAACAAAAUCGGCUGACUUGCACUUUAGUGUUGUUCUGCUAGAAAAAAGAGUGCAACAACAGUGGUAAAAUCAGUGAAUAUUCUGCAUUCCUGCGACGCAGUUCCGAGUGGUAGAUUUAGACGCUUUAAAAUGCGCACAGCUGUGUUACUACCUCUUUUGGCCCUGCUGGCGGUGGCCCAGGCCGUUUCCUUUGCCGAUGUGAUCAAGGAGGAAUGGCACACUUUCAAGUUGGAGCACCGCAAGAACUACCAGGAUGAGACCGAGGAACGUUUCCGCCUUAAGAUCUUCAACGAGAACAAGCACAAGAUCGCCAAGCACAACCAGCGCUUUGCCGAGGGCAAGGUGAGCUUCAAACUGGCGGUCAACAAGUACGCCGAUAUGCUGCACCACGAAUUCCGCCAGUUGAUGAACGGCUUCAACUACACUUUGCACAAGGAACUGCGCUCUAUGGAUGAGAGCUUCAAGGGCGUUACCUUCAUCUCCCCGGCUCAUGUUACCCUGCCGAAAUCCGUGGACUGGCGCACCAAGGGCGCUGUGACCGCCGUCAAGGAUCAGGGACACUGCGGCAGCUGCUGGGCUUUCAGCAGCACCGGCGCUCUGGAGGGUCAGCAUUACCGCAAGUCCGGUGUCCUGGUCUCGCUUUCCGAGCAGAACCUGGUCGACUGCUCCACCAAGUACGGCAACAAUGGAUGCAACGGUGGACUCAUGGACAACGCCUUCCGUUACAUCAAGGAUAACGGCGGCAUCGACACCGAGAAGUCGUAUCCCUACGAGGCCAUCGAUGAUUCGUGCCACUUCAACAAGAACUCGAUCGGAGCCACCGAUCGGGGUUUCGUCGAUGUGCCCCAGGGUGAUGAGGUGAAGAUGGCUCAGGCAGUGGCCACCAUUGGACCCGUUUCCGUUGCCAUCGAUGCCUCGCACGAGUCCUUCCAGUUCUACUCGGAGGGCGUCUACAACGAGCCCCAAUGCGAUGCCCAGAACUUGGAUCACGGUGUCCUGGUCGUUGGUUUCGGCACUGAUGAGUCGGGAGAGGAUUACUGGCUGGUAAAGAACUCGUGGGGAACCACCUGGGGUGACAAGGGCUUCAUCAAGAUGCUGCGCAACAAGGAUAACCAGUGCGGCAUUGCCAGCGCUUCCAGCUAUCCAUUGGUUUAAUCCAGAAGUGAUGUAUUUUGGCCACAGCCUGCAUAUGAUAAUGAUAUACAAACAACAAACAAACAAACACAUACCAACGCAAGCAUCUCAAGAACGAACUUUAAUAACUUAGCCCAACCUCUUACUUUAAUGAUUUAUCUUCGUAUUGGGUCCAUUGUAUUCAUGUAUCUCUGCCAUCACAUACGAUAUAGGUGAACAAUUAAACCGUUGAUGUUUGUAGAAAAUUAAAUAAAAAAUAUAUAAUUUUACAAUA